GCUGGAUAAUAGACAAUACUACCAGAAGCUACCUAUGGACCCUACUGAGAUCUUCAAGCGUAAAUUAUCGCACCUACUUGAUACAGCAAGGGAAGCAGGAACUAUAUCCAAGAGAGAACACGACUUUAUGCAGUACAGUUGAAUUUUUGGACCUCUGGAUCAUGAAAAAGGAUGACUACCUGAUAACGAAACUAUACAGAAAGGAAACAGCUACGAAUAGCCUUCUUCAUUAUGCAUCUUUUCAUCCAGAACACACACGACGAGGGAUUCCAGUGGGGCAGUUUUUGAGGGUGAAGAGCAAUUGUACGGAAAAUCCAGAUUUUAAGAUGGAAGCCUUAAACUUGACUUCCAGAUUCCGUGAACGAGGCUACUCGAAAAAGGUGAUUUCCAAGGCCUACCAGAGGGCCAACAGCUCUGACCGUCAGAUGUUACUUAAAACUAACAGAAAGGAUAAGAAAAGAAAGGAUGACUCCCUGAGGUUUGUGACAACGUUUAAUAAUCAAUGGUCAGGUUUGAGGAGAAUUCUGCAAGACAAUUGGAGUAUACUACAGUCGGAUAACAAGAUUCGUGGGAUUAUUCCCAAGUCACCUCUGGUGGUAGCAAAGAGAGCUCCUAACUUAAAAGAUAUACUUACAAGUAGUCAUUUUCAAAGACCGACAAGAAGCCUGGGGAGAGGAAUAAAACUGAAGGGUUCCUUCCCAUGUGGAAGCUGUAGUGUGUGUCAGCACAUGACACCUACGGAGAAGUUUGUCAAUCGGACUGACGGACAGGAGUUUCCCUUGAAAGGUUAUGUUAACUGUAAGACCACCCAGGGCAUUUUUUGAAGUAUCAUGCAGGAAAAUCUAUUGGGCUACGAGUGGUUGGCCUUGAAAGAAUAACUACUAACAUUAGGGGUGGCUCAGCGACAAGGAAACUCCUACAGGCCGAGUCAAAGUGGAUCUGACUUGGGAACAGAGACACCACAAGGUCUCAAUGAAGAGCUCCUGUUUACAGGCUUCUUGGGAUUACUUGUUCGUGUAAACAUCCAUAUAGUGAGACAGAUAAGGAUUGGAGAGAUUGGAGUAACUGGAGUGAUGAGGACAUCUAAAUACUAUCAGAGGAUAUCCGACUUCAUGAGAUACAAUCCUGGCCACAGAGGUG